CAGGCCGCUGUGGUCUCAUUUCACCGAAGACGGAAGCACACAGGAGUGACUCUUCUCGCUGCGCUUGAGCACUCUUUGGCUACAGACCGAGCAGCUGUCAGUGCACACAUUGAGCUGACGGCGGAGUGUUGUCUGAGCUGCACUGUCCAUCCGACAGAACAAGUCCAGACAUGAGUGACGUUAAUCUGAUUUUUUGGGACCAGUUGCAGGCUGGCAGCUCCGACGUGGACUGGUGUGAAGGCAAUUACCUAAUUUACCCCAGCAUCGCUGAAUUUUACAACACGAUCAGCAACAUUUUGUUUUUUGUUUUGCCGCCCAUAUUAAUGUGCUUGUUCCGCCAAUAUGCAACACAUUUCAACAGUGGGAUUUACCUCAUAUGGAUUCUACUAGUUGUGGUUGGUAUUGGCUCAACAUAUUUUCAUGCCACCCUCAGCUUCCUCGGCCAGAUGCUGGACGAGUUGGCCAUCUUAUGGGUUCUUAUGUGUGCCAUUGCCAUGUGGUUUCCCAAGAGAUACCUACCCAAGAUGUUCAGGAGGGAUAGGUCAAGGUUCAAAGUGGUCAUCGGCAUCUUGUCAGGGAUCACCACGGGCCUGGCCUUUGUUAAACCUGUCGUCAACUCAUUGUCACUAAUGACUCUGGGCAUCCCCUGCACCGUACUGCUCAUUACUGAGCUUAAAAGGUGUGAAAACCCACGUGUGUUCAAGUUGGGUCUGGUCUCAGGGAUCUGGUGGGCGCUGGCUCUGCUGUGCUGGAUCAGUGACAGGAUAUUCUGUGAGAUGUGGUCGUCUGUCAACUUUCCAUAUUUGCACUGUGCUUGGCACAUCCUCAUUUGCCUGGCGUCCUACUUGGGUUGCGUCUGCUUCGCCUACUUCGACGUUGCGACUGAGGCCCCAGAGCGAGGACCCGUCAUCAUGUUCUGGCCAAACGAGAAAUGGGCCUUCAUCGGCGUCCCCUACAUUUACUUUCUCUGUGUCCACAAGAAGUCUGCUAUCAAGGUAACUUAAGGUGACCGGGGUCUGCUGCUCUGCUGGUCGUGCUCGAACACUUCUCACCAGGAUGCAUCCAAACAACGGGGCAACGGGCGAUGGGCGAUGAAGGUGAUCCACAUCGUGGCCGACCAUGAGAAUUGAUCUUUUUCAGUCCCUGUCUGGUUUCGUAACACAGCAGUGUCUGUCAAAGAAGCGAAGUUGUUACAAAUGAGUAAUUUAUGACGAUGAAAGGGUGACUUUUUAAUGAACACGGUAUCGCAGGCAAGAAACCUUUACAGUGUUCCAAACAUAUUCUCAGGCUUUGCAUAUGCGGUCAUAUGCAAAGUAUCGGUAUUAUGCAUUUCAGGCUUCUUUAAAUAGAAGAUUUUGUACAUUUUAUAGUAACUAAGAAAACCUCAUUAUAAAGCGUCGUAUUGCCUUUAUAAACACAAGUAUAGCAUCUCAUAGGUGCAGUCUGGCCAUUAUGAAUAUUUAGAAACAAUAAAGCACUGGAUUCAUUAACUGUGAUUUAAUGCAUAAUGCAUUAAAGCUUCAUAUUAUAUUGCUUAGCCAGUCUUACUAUGCUCAAUUAAUCAACAGGCUGGUUCAUACGAUGUAGAAGUGUGAUAAGUAUUUCACACAAAGCCUUCUGUGUUUUUAAACUCGUGAUUGAUUCAUACCCGCCCUCUUUAUAUAAAACGCCAGAGACACGAUGGGCCUCUUUAUGUUAUGUUUUGCUUCCAGCAUGCCAUUGUGAUCAAUUAAGAUAGCAUAUAUAAAAUGUGUUUUUAAUAUACUCCUGUAUAUAUCUUGUCAACUAACAAUGUAAUAUGCAGGUUUCUUCCUAGGAAAAGCAUAUCAUUCAUACAUUACUGAAUGAAUAGGUACCCUUUUAAUAUCGGCCAAAUCCCAAAGUAAAAAGAGACGAAUCAGAAUGUGAAAUCAAACUGUAUUGAAAUAAGACUGUUCAAGUAAAUAAUUACAUAUUUUGCACAAGAUGAAGAAUGGUUCUCACAGCCGACGGCUAAUUGCACAUUGCAGUGAUUAUUACAAUUAUGUACUCAAAAGCUUUGCUAAUGUACAGCUUUUAAUGCUGAAGAUUUCAAUGCAGAUGUUGUUUUUCAAACCGACGUCUCAACUCUUCAGGGUUAUUUAUUCCAGGCUCAGUAUUAUAGACUUUGUGUUAAACAUUAUUGCAACUAUGGAAACUGUGCAAAAAGCCUUAAUCAAACAGUAUAAUGGACGACAAAGCAAAUGAAGGUACACGGUGUCCUUGUGUGAUGUAUCUGGAUGUGUUUGCUCUAGAAGGGGAAAUGCAAUGUAAUAUUAAAUAACAAACAGAAAUGGGGUUUAUGUUAUAGCAGUUAUUGGACAGAUUAGUUUGUAUUACUUCUAACCUAAAAACCUAUUAAUAGAAAUGAUGUAGGUAGGAUAUAAAAGGGAAGUGUGUUGGGGAGAGCGAAGCUAAACGCUAACCCUAAAACACAGGGAUCACCAAAGCUUUUUCACCACAAACCAUUGUUUUAAUGUUGUUCUUGAAAACUGCCUCAAGCUGUGUUAACUAAUAUUGUUUCAGUCCCGUCCUCGUGCAGAGGCUUCUGGGAGCUCAAACUGCUAAAAUAACUUGUGCACACAUGCAGGGUCAAAUGAAGGAUCAUGAUUUAGAAAGAGAGGAAAGAAAACAAGUAUUUUCAUGAGAUUCUGAAGUAUUUUGUUAAAUCCAAAAACGAUUUAUAUUUUUCUAAGUAAAGUGCAGCCGAAAUGGAAGGGUGAAGUGGUUUUGAUAUUGCAUGAUUACCUUUGUAUUGCCAAACUGUUUUUUUUUUUUUGUUUUUUUUAUUAUUGUAUCUUCAGGAGAAACUUUGGGGACAGUAUUGACAAUGUGAACAAAGAUGUUGUAGCGCACCAGAAUACUUUCAUCGUGCUGCAAAUGAUAUUGAAUCAUACAUCUGAUCCACGAUGGUGGCUUGUUUGUAUGAAUCACUCUCUGAUAAAGGAGUUUAUGUGUACAGGACAACCUGUUAAAUGCUGCCCUCUGCAUCGUGAUAUUUGUCUUGGCAUGAGGUAAAAUUAUGAUCUCAUAAGUCUUUUUUAUGGACUUACAUGUGUAUAUAAAUCUCAGUUUUUUCUCUGCCUGCAUUGACAAUACAGACAGACUGCACAGAAAUAUUUAUUUUCAUAAUUUAUCCUGUUUUGUAAACAAAUAUUUCGUAUAGAUUAUUAGAACAUUAGUACGUUAUGUUAUUUUAUGCAAUAAACUAAGCCAAUACUCAAA